UGGGGCCGAGAUCGAGUAUUAGUUAAGAUACCACCUGGCCUAGCGACUAGCGAGAGUCACUGGUGUCACUGUUUUAGUCUCAUUGUAAGUGUGGAAGUGUAAGAGCUAAGAACCACUCGCAGGAUGUCGGAGUCGGAGGUUGUUUGCGUCACCGGCGGAAGCGGUUGUAUUGGUUCGUGGCUUGUCCACCUCCUCCUCACUCGAGGCUACACCGUUCAUGCCACCGUCAAAGAUCUCAAGGAUGAUACUGAGACGAAGCAUCUAGAAGCUCUCGAAGGAGCGUCCACGCGCCUCCGUCUCUUUCAAAUCGACCUGCUCCAGUACGAGACCAUCGUCGCCGCCGUGCGCGGAUGCUCCGGCGUCUUCCACCUCGCUUCACCCUGCAUUGUCGACGAAGUCCAUGACCCACAGAAGGAGCUUCUGGACCCUGCAAUUAGAGGGACAAUGAAUGUCCUUGAGGCAGCAAAGGAAGCAGGGGUGAAGCGUGUAGUGGUCACGUCGUCUGUCUCGGCGAUUACGCCGAGCCCAGGUUGGCCAUCUGAUGUUGUCAAGACAGAAGAUUGUUGGACUGACACUGAAUACUGCAAGCAAAAGGGGCUGUGGUAUCCGCUAUCCAAGACUUUAGCUGAGAAAGCUGCUUGGGAUUUUGCAAAGGAGAAAGACUUGGAUGUUGUGGUGGUGAAUCCCGGAACUGUGAUGGGACCUGUUAUUUCACCCAGACUUAAUGCUAGUAUGAUCAUGCUUGUUCGCCUUCUUGAAGGGUGUGAUGAAACAUAUGAGAACUUUUUUAUGGGAUCAGUCCACUUUAAGGAUGUAGCUUUAGCACAUAUUAUGGUGUAUGAGAACAAAACAGCAACCGGUAGGCAUUUGUGUGUAGAAGCCAUCUCUCACUAUGGCGACUUUGUGGCGAAAGUUGCGGAGCUUUAUCCACAGUACAAUGUGCCUAAGAUCCCAAGAGAUACCCAACCAGGAUUAUUGAGGGCAAAGGAUGGAUCGAAGAAACUUAUGGAUCUGGGUUUGGAAUUUAUUCCCAUGGAGAAAAUUAUCAAGGAUGCUGUAGAGAGUUUGAAGAGCAAAGGGUUCAUUUCUUGAAUGAUUGCUGCUUCUGUUAUUUGAAACUUGAGAUAUGGUUCUGUAACAUAUAGUCUUUUUUCCAGGAUACAUUUGCCAAGUUUAUCUGAAUUCUCUUGAAUGUUUUCUCUGGUAAUAGUUAUUAAUAAAUUUGAUAGGGAGGGGGUUGAGGACUUAAAA